AUGCACAAAGAGUGGAGAGGAGACAGAAUCAGAACAGCUGACCCAAAUUGGCCCAAGGGGUGUCGCAUACCACAUGGCAUGAUGCUGAACUAUAAAAUUGGGGAAAAGACCACCACUGCUAGUGUUUGUAAUUUUUUAUGCUCUUUUUUUUUUCCUGUAGGAAUUGGAUCAGGAGUCAGUUUUCAGAUGAAUAAUAAUCAAAAAUUCAACAUUGUGACAUUGUACUCAACCACCAGUGUGGAAAGAAAGAGAGCGAGAGAAGAGCAAGCUGCUGUUGUGAAUAAGAUGUUCUACCUAGAGAACAGCAUUGUAGGAAAUCAGCAAGCUGUGCAGUACAAUGUAAUAGCUGAAGUUAAAAAGGUGUGCGAAGUAGUUGAUGGAUUCAUUUAUGUUGCUAAUGCAGAAGCUCAUAAAAAGCAUGAUCGUGACGAGGAACUGGCUCAUAUUUUGGCUAUGAUUGAUCCAGCCCUUGGGCCUCCUAACAGACCUCUGCUAGUUCUGUCUUGUGUCUCUCAUUUUGGUGUGGAAAGGAUUCCUUGUGUUUAUAUGGCACAUCAGCUGCAACUAAAUCUGCUACCUCGACCCUGGAUGGUGCAGGACACUGUAGCCGCAACUUUAAGUGGAUUGCUAAGUGGAAUUGAGUGGCUCUUGGAGGAAGCGGACUGUAAAAAUGCACAAUAGUUGAAUUUAUUUUGUUUUACUGUAUAAAGAUUUCUGUGUUUUAGAAUUCACAUGAAACGGGAAUCUCAUCUUGACUCAGAAAUAUCAAAAAGGAGGUUUAAAAGAAAAUCUAGCAUAUAUUUCAGUGCACAUAAAUAAUUAACAUUGUUAAUUAGAAGGACAAGUAAGGUUUCUUGGGUUCCUGCAGCUGAUGAAGAAUUUACUUCAUAAAGGUAUCUGGGUGUUUUUUUUGUGUUUUUUAUUUGUUUGUUUGCUUGCUUGCUUUGUGUUAGUUUCUUCUUUAAAUCUGGGGCCUUCAGACUGCAAUGUUUCCUAAGAAUAUCUGAUAAUCUAAUCUUUUCUGUAAAUAUACCAAACACCAGGUUAAUUUAUCAGUGUAGUCACAUUGCACACAUCAUACAUUUAGUGAUUUUAUUUAGUUAAUACAAAUUCAGAGAGAGCUCAGCAGUGACAGUUGUCUGACCAAAGAAAAUACACUACACUGUAUAUUGCUCUUGGCUCAUCUUUUGUAGGUUAACAGAUAAAUAGUAUAUUUUUCAGAAUAAUAUAUUUCUCCCCUUUUUUUUCCUUCCCCUGAAGCAACUCUGGGAUAAGAAGUAGUGCUUGGGGGAGAAUUACAAGAAUUUGUGGAAACGGACAGGCAAAAUCCCUUGUGUCAAUCACGUGUUUCUUGUUUGUCAUCUUAUUUGCCAGUCCACCACAAAACACGUAAGCAUCUUCAACUUUCUGCUGCAGAUAGAUUAGUUUAAACUGACAUACAUGUUGCCAUGAAUGAAUAUUAAAUGGAAUGAUUAAUCUUUCAGUGCUUAAGGACCUGUCAGUUACUCAAAUAAUUGCUGCCAUUUGCAAAUGUGAAAUAUCUGACUUGAAAUUUUCAACACAGUUGCAAAUAUUUUUGUAAAAAGGGAAACAGCACUUCAGAUCUGGAAUGGUGUUUUUUUGUAUUGUUGUCUUUUGAGAUAGUUCUGCUCCUGGUCUUCCACCUUUUAAACAAUUUUUAAUUGUUGAAUGAAUGUUUAGAGACUUCCCUUAGCUUUUUUUUGCAUAUGAAUGUAUUUGUUCUGUUUUGUUUGUAGUUUAUUUUCCUUACCUUUCUCCAUAGAAAUGCAGUCGUCUUGAAAAACUUUUUCUUAGUGCCUAGAUAAAUAAAUGGCUACAUGGUGCAAGUACAGCUAUAACUACCUUUCUCUGGUAUGUGUUUGUGCUAAACACAGCUAUUUCAGGAACAUUCCAUUUAGGAAUUCUCUUUCUCUCUCUCUCUCUCUUAAUGAAGUAGUAUAGAGAUGGGAAGUGUUGUCUUAUUUUUUCGCAUACUUAUCCUGUAUUAACUCAGUUUUCUGGACUUUUUCCCUGACUUCGUAUCAGGGCAUGUUUGGAAUGAAAAUCUAUGGGAAGCCAUACUAUGCUAAUUCUGCAACUAACUCUGCUUUGAUAGAGUAUGUGUACUUUGUCCUCUGAAGUAGGAUGCAAAACAUGGAUAACUGGAGAAAAAUUUCCACACAUUGGGUGCAUGUGAACUUCCUGCUAGUCACAAUAAUUCUGUAGUGAUCUGUCUACUUGAAUGCAGCAUCCUGAUUCUGUGUUAGAUACUACAAAUAUUUGUUUCUGUCUGAUCUUCCUUCUACUUUCUAAAGAAUAAAUUAUUUUUUUAUAAAUGGCAUUUCUAUUCUUCUUUC